GUGGCAAUUACACCGUUUCCGUUCCCGUACCACAACAUCAUCGCCGUCUUCCUGUGGAUGUACACAAUUCUGUGCCCCAUUUUGAUCAACGGAAUCAUCAUGGACGUGACUCUUCGAGGGGUGUUUGUCUUCGUGUCCGUGUUCUGCUACCACGCACUGAACCACAUCGGUGACAACUUGGAG